GUCCCUGAACUCUCGUUUCCUCCUUAACCCACUGCGUCGGCUCACCGGCGUGCCCCACCAUGUCAGACGCGGCCACCGUGGACACUAGCUCUGAGAUCACCACCAAGGACUUAACGGAGAAGAAGGAAGUUGUGGAGGAGGCAGAAAAUGGAAGAGAUGCCCCUGCUAAUGGGAAUGCUAAUGAGGAAAAUGGGGAGCAGGAGGCUGACAAUGAGGUAGAUGAAGAAGAGGAAGAGGGUGGUGAGGAAGAGGAGGAGGAGGAGGAAGGUGAUGGCGAGGAAGAGGAUGGAGACGAAGAUGAGGAGGCUGAGGCAGCUACAGGCAAACGGGCAGCUGAAGAUGACGAGGAUGAUGAUGUUGAUACCAAGAAGCAGAAGACCGAUGAGGAUGACUAGACAGCAAAAAAGGAAAAGUUAAACUAAAAAUAAAAGGCCGCCGUGACCUAUUCACCCUCCACUUCCCGUCUCAGAAUCUAAACGUGGUCACCUUCGAGUAGAGGCCCUCCUGCCCACCCACCGCGGGCAGUGCCACCCGCAAAUGACACGCGCUCUCCAU